AUGGAGUCAUCAUUAAGCGAAAGGCGCCCCGGAAUAGCCAGCACAGCCAGGAGAACACUGGGGAUCUGUCUGCUCCUCGUAGUGGUGACAUUAUGGACAGCAUCCAACUUUUUGGCCAGCACUAUUUUCGCCGAUAAUACAUACUCCAAACCGUUCUUUGUUACCUAUCUUAACACCUCGACUUUCAUCCUCCCACUCUUCACGAUUGUCGCCAGCAGGCUCUGGGGACUCUUCCGCUCGGGGAAAUUAUAUCAGGUCCAAUCAUUUGAGAACUUGCUGCAACAACUUGACUCACAUUACCCGAGUGCUGAAUCGGAGCGCAUACUCGAAAAUGACACAGGCUCUGGUGCAGAACCUCGUGGCCCUGGAGCGUGGAAUGCCUCGAGGGCCGACGAUGCGGGGAAAGGCCAUGGCAACAAGAAGCUGGGCCUGAAGGCGACUGCAAAGUUGAGCCUCCAUUUCUGCUUGUUGUGGUUUACUGCGAACUAUUUCUCAAUGGCUUGUCUGCAAUUCACGACUGUUGGAAGCACGACUAUCUUGACGUCUACCAGUGGUGUAUGGACUCUCAUCUUCGGGGCCAUUUUUGGUAUCGAAAAAUUCACAGUACGCAAACUCGCCGGUGUCAUCGCAUCCCUGAUUGGCAUCAUUCUCAUAUCUCGCGUCGAUCUUUCUGGCUCCGAGAGCAACCCAGGAGAUGACGGCAACAGCAGCCGCAGAUUCCCUCCCAAAUCCGCUGGGGAGAUCGCGCUGGGUGAUGCAAUGGCAGCGUUCAGCGCAGUGAUGUACGGCGUCUAUACGAUCGUCCUGAAACGACAAGUCGGUGACGAGUCCCGCGUCAACAUGCAGCUCUUCUUCGGCCUCGUCGGCUUCUUCAACAUGUUCCUGCUCUGGCCGGGCUUCAUAGUCCUCCACAUAACCGGCGCUGAGCCCUUUGCUUUCCCUUAUACUAGUAGAGUUUGGACUAUCAUACUCAUAAAUGCUCUCUCCUCUCUCUUGUCAGACAUUUGCUGGGCAUACGCGAUGCUCUUAACCUCCCCGCUGGUCGUAACCGUGGGUCUCAGCCUAACGAUACCGCUAUCCCUGGUCGGUCAGAUCUUCCUACAGGGCGAGUACGCCACGCCGUUAUAUUGGGCGGGGGCCACGGUUGUAUUCCUUUCAUUUCUAGUCGUUAACCAUGAAAGUCAAAACACUGCGCAGGCAGGUUAUGACAUUGUUCCUGGGGAAGAGAGGGAGGAUUAA